AUGUCCACUCCACACAAAAGCCCGUCGCCGAAGCCGCAGGCCAUGACGGACAAGAGCAACCCCGACGCUUUGGCUCUGCGGUGGUCGUGCUCUGCGUGUCGGCAGUCGAAGCGGCGCUGUGAUAAGGUGUACCCGGAGUGUACGCUCUGCACUCAGAAGAAUAUCCCGUGUAAUUAUCCAGGCCGUCGCAAAAGACAGAAACUCAAGGCCCGUAUCAAAGCAGCUUCAACAGCGAGCAAACCUACUGUCAACCCGCCUUCUACUAGCACCACCAAGAAAGACCGAGGAGACGCACACCAGCUAUCAUUCCCUUCUGCCAACACUAGCUCCAUCGCCGAGCGCUUUCUCGACCCAGAUGUCUUUGCCCGUGCUCAGUUGACGGUCGUCAAUGCAGACGUACCGGUAACCGACGACAUUGCCCAGCUCGUGGGCGGCGUGUUGGACAUUCAAGCUACGUCCGCCCAGUUCUUCAAGUCGGUUCAUACAUGGAUGCCGAUCAUCUCGAAGCCGCAGUUCUGUGCGAAUCUGCUGAAUCGCUUGACUUACAAAAGAGCCGAGCUAUUCCUGCUUGUACUUUCCAUGAAGCUAUGCUGUGCUCGUCGGACAACGCCUCUGUAUGAGACGGUGAAGCUGUUGCACUUCAAGAUUGAGACUUCGGGCGUGUUGUCUGUUCUUGUGUUGCAGGCGGCGAUACUUAUUGCGCUGUAUGAGCUGGGGCAUAGCAUUUACCCGGCGGCGUACCUUUCGGUGGGAUCGUGUGCUCGGUAUGCGACUGCGUUGGGGAUUGACAAGUCCAUUCUUUUGUCGAGUUUGGGGAAGACUCAGUGGAUCGAGGAAGAAGAAUGCCGUCGGAUUUGGUGGGCGAUACUGGUCCUUGAUAGGUAUCUCAACUUGAGCGAUCCCAAACGACAUCUCAUCACACCAGAUGCGGAUAUUGACAGCUAUCUACCCGUCGACGAUGAAGCAUGGGAGACAGGAGUAUACGAUCCUAAUCACAUAUAUACCCUGGCCACGGCCAACAGCUACCAUCUGGGGCUCUUUGCGCGCUUCGCCCAAGCAGCGCACUUGCUCACCAAAGUCCUCCAUCACGCAUCUGAGCCACCCAGCGAAACAGCCCAGUUGCGGCGCACCAUCUUUGCGCUCGUCAACGUGUCCAAGAUUGAGGCAUCAAUGAGACGUCUAGAGUAUUGCAGCCAGACGUCAAUAUGCUACAGUGGUAUCCUUUUACUUGAAUCGUCAUCAAUAGAUAAGGACGAGAAUCAUUCCGGCACGCAGCUCUCUACUGAAAGCGCUCACAUUUCUCAAGUAACGCUUGAUAUGGCUCUAUCCUUCACUAAGGGAGACGUGGAAGAGAUAUGCGCCAUUGUCAGUCCGUUCUUGGUGCACAUUCUGUAUCGAGUGGCCUCAAUACACUUGAGAAUUGCUCAUGAGUCGCCAACGGAUGCCGCGUUGGAGAAGGUUGCCCUUCUGAAGAAGGCGAUGAAGAUUGUUGGGAGCCGAUGGCUAUGCGCUUCCACGUAUCUCUCACUGUUGGAGAAGCAAGAAAUCUUGCUCGUAAUGCAAUAAAGAG